GCGAAGAGGGAGCGAGAGAGAGAAAGAGAGCGAGAGAGGGAAGUCCAGAAGGAGGAGAUUCAACAUUAACAGCAGCAGUAGCAUCUGAUUUCAGCGCAGAAACAGGACGUGUGUAACUCUUAUUCUCUGACCGCAAUGGCUCGUAUUGGCUUUAUCAACCUGUGCAUGUGUGUUUGGAUCACUGCAUUUAUCAUGAGCGUCAAUAUGGAUGUGUGUUUUGGAGACCAAGCCCUGGACUGCUGCUUGAAGGUUAGCCAUCAUCGCAUCCCAAAACGCAUUGUCGCCUGCUACCGCGAGCAGCGCAGAACUGAAGGCUGCUUAAUUGAUGCUGUUGUCUUCCGGACUCAAAAAGGCAGGGAUCUUUGCGCUCCCCCUGAAGUCAAAUGGGUCAUAGACUUGAAAACUGCAGUUGACAACAACCAAAUGAAGAAACACAAGGAUAAUAUUAUCUGUCAAGGCAAGAAAGCCUAGGCUGCUGGGGUGAACAGAUCCACACACCUACCAGGUCUGGUGAAUAAAGCUAGAAGUUGAUGUUUUAGAGAUCAUGGCAGCUAAACAGCUAAAUUGUAAUUCUGCUGUAAUUCUUGCUGUUACAGCAUGCUUUUAAAUGAUAUUUUUCUCUCUGUAUUGUAAUGCAUCUGCACCUUCAUAUUACUUUUUUUCCGUAACAACAUAUAAGCUUGUUAAAAAAAUACUUUGACGUUUUGUUUAACUGUGACCAAAAAUCUUGGCCAUAUCUGUGAUGUUACUGUUGCUUUAACUGUGAGUCAAUCAAUAAAGGAUUUAAAACAGGAUUAGGGCAUUUAUCAGCUCUUUGUCUCAUUCAAAAGCUCAACAAAAUAAAGCAAGAAGUAAAAGUACAUUAAUGGCUUUUUUUUAAUGUCUUUUUUUUUGUCCAACGGAAAAUGUGAAAUGAAUUUUAAAUGAAUGUUAGUGUCUGAAAAAGUGGUCAUGUUGUAGAAAGUUUGGAUUAAAAAAAGACAACCUUACGUUGAGCCUUAUAGCAUUGAAGCACACAUUGUUAAUUAUGUGUUUUCUGUAUUUUUGGCUAAAUAGAGUAAAGAGUAAAAGUACAUUAAUGUCUUUUUUUUUUGUCUGGCAACUGUGUAAAUGAAUGUUAUUGUCUGAAAAAGUGGUCAUGUAGAAAGUUUGGAUGGAAAAAUUACAUUGUUAAUUACAUGUUUUAUGUAUUUUGGUCAAAAAAUUAUAUUAUGCAAGUUUGUUAACAAUCUUUUAUGUAUUCUGGUCUAAUGAUCUUUAAGGGUUCUAUUUAUUUAAUAAUUUAAUGUCAUCAUUACAUGCUUGUAGUUUUGACUUAUGAACUGUUUUAAAAAUGCAUGGAUAAUCAGAAAAUAAACAUCAUUUAAGUUGCAA